ACCCAGGCGAAACACUACUAUCCUCUGGUAGUUUGGCACAGUCUACAAACAAGAUCCAAAUUCGUUAUAUAAUCGCGGUCAACACAAAGUGGGCCCGGUUCAACGAACGUAGUUCAAGGUCACAAUGUAAAAGGAGGAAUUGUAUUGGAUCAGAGACGACGAAGAAUGUGGAAUCUGGAUGACAUGCUCUUGUGUGUUCACACAAAACAAACUGCCUGGAAAACAAGCUCGGAUCCCUUCGCCUCAUUCCGCGAGCAGCCGCACGCACACUGUGUAUAUAAUAGACCUCUAGGUGAGUUUGUCACAAGUUGAUAAGCGCCCCUAGGAAUGGACUCAGACGAGGGAUAUAACUAUGAAUACGACGACGAAGAGGAGGAAUGUAGCGAGGACAGCGCCGAAGAGGAGCCCGAGGACGACACCCUGGAGCUCGGCGAGGUGGAGUUGGUCGAUCCCGUGGUGGCCGCCGGCGAGCGGGACGAGUCUGGCGAUACGGUCGGAGGCGGUCAAGGCCCCGGCGAGGAAGAGGAGGAGGACUACCGCUUUGAGGUUUUGACCGCUGAACAGAUCCUCCAGCACAUGGUGGAGUGCAUCAAAGAGGUCAACGAGGUUAUCCAGAAUCCUGCAACAAUUACACGCAUCCUUCUUAGUCACUUCAACUGGGAUAAGGAAAAACUCAUGGAAAGGUAUUUUGAUGGUAAUCUGGACAAGCUUUUCUCUGAGUGUCACGUCAUCAACCCCAGCAAGAAACCCCGCAUCCGUCCUCCGAUCAACACAAGAUCGUCUGCACAGGACAUGCCGUGUCAGAUCUGCUAUCUGAAUUUCCCUAACUCUUACUUUACCGGCCUAGAGUGUGGACACAAGUUCUGCAUGCAGUGUUGGGGUGAUUACCUGACUACUAAGAUCAUAGAAGAAGGGAUGGGACAGACCAUUUCUUGUCCUGCUCAUAGUUGUGAUAUUUUGGUUGAUGACAACACAGUAAUGCGACUCAUCACAGAUUCAAAAGUCAAGUUGAAGUACCAGCAUUUAAUUACAAAUAGUUUUGUAGAGUGCAAUCGACUGUUAAAGUGGUGCCCCGCUCCAGAUUGCCAUCACGUUGUUAAAGUCCAGUACCCAGAUGCCAAACCAGUGAGGUGCAAGUGUGGCCGGCAAUUCUGCUUCAAUUGUGGGGAGAACUGGCACGAUCCUGUCAAGUGCAAGUGGUUGAGAAAGUGGAUUAAGAAAUGCGACGAUGACAGUGAAACUUCAAAUUGGAUUGCCGCAAAUACCAAGGAGUGUCCAAAGUGCCAUGUGACAAUCGAGAAAGACGGAGGCUGCAAUCACAUGGUUUGUCGGAACCAGAACUGCAAAGCUGAGUUCUGCUGGGUCUGCCUGGGCCCAUGGGAACCUCAUGGCUCUGCUUGGUACAAUUGCAAUCGCUACAAUGAAGACGAUGCCAAGGCCGCCAGAGACGCUCAAGAGCGUUCGAGAGCGGCUUUGCAGAGGUACCUGUUCUACUGCAACCGCUACAUGAACCACAUGCAAAGCCUGCGCUUUGAGCACAAGCUGUACGCUCAGGUCAAGCAGAAGAUGGAGGAGAUGCAGCAGCACAACAUGUCCUGGAUCGAGGUGCAGUUCCUGAAGAAGGCUGUGGAUGUGCUGUGCCAGUGCCGCUCCACGCUCAUGUUCACUUACGUUUUUGCCUUCUACCUCAAGAAGAACAACCAGUCAAUUAUUUUUGAGAACAACCAGGCCGACUUGGAAAACGCCACUGAAGUACUGUCUGGCUACCUAGAACGAGACAUCUCCCAGGAUUCCUUGCAGGAUAUCAAGCAGAAAGUACAGGACAAGUACAGAUACUGCGAGAGCCGGCGAAGAGUUCUGCUGCAGCACGUGCACGAAGGCUACGAGAAGGACUUGUGGGAGUACAUUGAGGAUUGAGGACACGUCCCGAUGCUUUGGACUCUGGAGUAUCUUGACAAAAUAAGAGCGCUGAUGCAAUUGGUCAGGGCAGUACGGGCCUUCUGCUGCCUCUCUUUUGGCAAAACUACCACUUUUGCAUCCUUUUGUUUAACAAUAUCUAAGUAAAUUAUAUUUAAAUGAAAAGGUAGAGUAAUAAAAAAAGAAAGUGUACUACAGUAUUGUUAGCAGCAGAAAGUCCAUCUUAAACAAAAACAUACAUCCUCUUUUGGUUUGUAUUGUAACACUUCCCCUCAGCUACCUUUUUUUUCCCCUUUUUUUUUUUUUUUCUUUUUUGCUUGUGUAUCUUUACAGAUUUUUUGUUUGUUUUCCCAUUAGUGUGAACAUGUUUUAAACAUAGCUUUAAUCGUCCUGCCCAUGUCUGCAGUGUGUGGCGAGGUCCUUUUGUGUGGUGGGUUGAUUGUAAAGGGGCAAAGACAUUUCAUAGGGGGGGGGGAAGGAAAAAAAUCAAACAAACUAGAAAGUCUGUUUUUUGUUUUUGUUUUUUGUUUUUUAAAUUUGUAAAUAGUGCGUAUGCAUGGAAGUUAAAGGGCAAGUGUGGCACGCGUUUGCAUCAUUUUGACCUAUUUAUUCUUUACAAACAUUGUAAAAGGUGUUUGGCAAUACAGAGCAACGCACAGGUGACCUCACCAGGAGCUCUGAAUGGACACUACUAUAAGCUGGAGAAGGUUUUAAAAGGUGUACAACGUGUGUGUCAGCUCAAUGUCCCUGCUUCUAACCUGCUGCCCUACAUGCUUCAAAGUUAUUUUUUAGAAGUAAUUGUUUGCUAGAGCCAAACUGAGUGACAUUCACUCUUUUGUUUUGUUGCUGUACCCCCUCGCUCACCCUCCCCACGACAUGGCUUGAGGUCACCCAUCUUUGAGCUCCACUCGCACCUUGGGCACGAAAUGUAGUGGCAGUGCUGCUAAGUCGGUGUCCAAACAGGCCACGGGGAUCUUUUUGCCUCAUUCUCCCUAGGAAUGCUGAUAGUGAAGGGAUGUGACUCCUCGCAGGAGGAGAUUGAACAUCGUUUUAAGUGGAUAGAUUAAUAGGGAAGGUUGCACUUCGUCACGCUUUAGUUUUUUGUUUUUUUUUUAUUUGACGAUUAAACGUUGAAAUGUCAGUGCUGCAGAUUGUGGACGGCUCCGCUUGUAAAUGCUCCCAUCGUGUUUGUGUGGAACACGACGGCCUUCUCCGCAGAGAGGAUGUGCAUGUUCGGGCACUGAUCAAAGUCACGGGAUUGACAGAACAAAGUGUCAACAACCCUCAAAGAAAAACAAACAAAAAAAUAAUGCUGCCCCAGUUCCAGUACUAUGGGGGGGACAGUUGUGUCCCAAAAUGCUUCUUGUGUUCAGACUUAUUUUAUCCUAGCAAAUUAUAAACUGUAUUGUUUAUUUGAAUAAAUGUCAUGAAAAAAUCUCAAAUUUCAA